AUGGGGAAGCAGAAGGAACCCUGCGAACACCAGCGGGACAAUAUUGAACUCCUCGCUCCUUCUCGCGAUACCGAAGUUCAACCUCUUGAUCCUACAUCAGAAAAGCCAAGAGAUAUCCCGCGGGUAGCUAAAUGGGUGAACUCGCGGUCAUUUGCGAAAAAGGGCAUAUCCUACGUAUUCUCCUCAAAGGAAGAUAGAACUAGAGCGCAAGGCGAGACAGCCGAAGAUGAUGCUACCAGACCAGCGAUUCCAGAGUGUGAAAUAUGUAAAGAGGAUACAAGAAGAAGAAGGAAGUAUAGGUGGAAACUUAUACUUACGCUUUUACUGCCGAGCUUUAUGAAUUCAUUGGAUUUGACGAUUAUCGCGACUGCUGUGCCGCUUAUUGCUUCGGAUUUCGAGCGUAUAAGCCAACUUUCAUGGAUUGUCAACGCUUUCACCUUAACCUCCACUGCGUUCGUCCCGACGUACGGCCAAUUUAGCGACGUCUUUGGUCGACAUUCCAUGAUCCAAUUCGCAAUCUUUUGUGUUCUGAUCGGAUCAUUGAUAUGUGCGCUGGCCAAGCCCUACGGACUAUUUCUCUUCGGUCGGGCGAUUCAAGGUCUUGGAUAUGCUGGUAUCACAACCAUUACAAGAAUUAUCCUAGCAGACAAAGUCUCGCUGAAGGAAAACUCUACCAAUAACACCAUUUUCGUUAUACUUAAUGGUAUAUCCUUUGGAGUCGGACCCGUCAUUGGUGGGUAUCUGACAAAUGUUGACUGGCGAUGGUGUUUCUGGAUCAAUCUACCCAUGGCGGCCUUUUCGCAUGUUGCCUUGUUUUUCAUUCGGAAGGAAUUACUAGGCCCACAGCCUCAGAUCACAACAGAUACACAUGGAAACACGAUUUCAAUCGAACGACAUAGUUUCAUUGAAAAGAUGUCAGUGAUAGAUUACGGCGGCCUGACAAUCUUCCUGCUCGGCACCUGCAUGUUCAUCCUCGGCCUCCUCUGGGGGGGUGCCGAUUACCCAUGGGCCUCAGCGGCAGUCCUGGUCCCUCUGAUCGUCGGCGUGAUCCUCGUCUGCUUCUUCUUCUUUUACGAACAUCUAAUGGAACCCGGGAACUAUAUGUCCAAAGUCUUCCCUAACCAAACCGCCAUGCUCCCUUGGACUUUACUCAAAAAGCGAGAUAUUGGCGUCCUAAGCUUUUUAAACUUCACAACCGGGAUGGCGUUAUUCUCCGCCUUCUACUUCGUUAGUGUUUAUUUCACUAUCGUAGAGGGAUAUCCGCCUUGGAGGGCUGGUGUUCAGCUAUUGUAUUAUACACCGGGUCUGGGGGUGGGAUCCUAUAUGGCCAUGUUCAUUUGCAACGUUUAUCCGAAACAGACCUGGUUGCCUAUGUUCCUGGGUUCUUGGAUUGAGCCCGUUGGACUGGCAUUGCUCACUUACGCCUUGACGAUAAGGAAUGUAGCCAUGGUCAACGGAUUCCUUGCACUUUCCGGUGUAGGCACGGGUAUUCGCUUCAUGCCAGGAACCCUCCACGCUGUAGGCAUAGAACCUCGACGGAUAGCACAAGUAGUCUCACUAAUGGGCUUCGUCCUCCCCCUCGGUGGGACCCUGGGGUUAACGAUGAUGGGAUCGGUGUUUAACAACGAACUUAACGCGGGAUUCCGAAAGAUCGGAGCAGGUACUGCAGGACUCGAUGGGAAGGAGACGGGGAAAUCAGCGCAGAGUAUUGAUGAAAUCCACAAAUUACCGGAACCGAUACUUAGAAUGGUGGAAGAAGUAGCGAAGAAGGCUGUUGUUUGGAGUUAUGUUUCCAUUAUUCCGCUGAUUGCGUUGGCGGGGAUUGUCGCCUGCUUCUUGGGGAAUGUACAAAUCACGGGAGCGAGUUUGGAAGAUGUUCAGCAGAGGAAAGGGGAGAUUGUGGAUGAGCCUUAUUUAUUUUGGUUACUGAAGAAUAGAAGACGGUUGGGGCAGGGAGUGGAGAGGCCAGACCGGGAGCGAAAGGACAACGGGGCAGGGGAAGCUGAAGCUUGA